AUUUAUAGGGGCGGGCACAAGAAUUCGAAUGGUAGUUUAGAUCUUGCAUAGCUAAGAUAUACACUAGAAAGAAAUAAUUUUUUUUAUCAGUGACGAAAAGAUUCGCUCACCAUGUUAAAGAUCACCACUAUUCUUACAGUGGCUUCUAUUAUUAUCACUUUUCAAGCUACAAAUGCGUAUCCAGCAAGUAAUGAAGAAUAUAGAUUUAUAGAAAGAGACUAUGCAAGUCCAGGAGCUCACCAACUGGCAAGCUGGUUAGCGUUCCAGCUUCGCCCAAAAGAGCUCAGCCCUAUCCCUCCGGUCGAGGUUCCUAUCAUACCUUAUCGUCUUCCAUUGCAAGCAGGAAAAAGAAACUCAGAAGUGACCAAUGCCAUGAUAGGUUCUGAGGAAACUCAAAAAAUGUAUAGGGAAGGUUAAACUUAGCAUAUGUAUCGAACGCUAAAAUUUGUUAAACUCGGUAAUAUAUGAAUCUGAAACGAAUAUAUUUGUUUCAACUUUGAUAUUAUAAAAAAAAAUAAAUGUAAAAAAAAUAAAUAAACAAAAAUCACAGAUAAAUAAUAUCACUAACUAAAACACUGGAAUUUCAUUUUGUGGCUUAUCGCAUAAGUCAUCGUCCAAGUACAUGAGAUACAAAAAUGUAAAAUACAGGGCGGGCGCACUGAGUAGAUGCCAAACGUCGUGUUUGUCGUAGAAUCCCAGGAAAAUGCAACCUUGGUUCCAUGUUCUAGAUUCCGCUGGACUAACCUGAAAAAAAUAUUAUUUUCUUUAUUUAGAAAAAAAAAUGUUCACUUCCAAGAUAGACAUAACGAAAACGCC